UUUCGAUACUUUACCAAGCAACCUUGCAGCAAGAAGUGCAGUGAAAAACACAAAAAUAGCCAUUUAAACUGUAAUUUGUUGUAGAAAAAUUAUUGAUAAGUUAAAUUUAAGGCCCAAGCGCGGAAAGUUACAAUCAGCAGUUACAUUCGUAAGUAUCAUCGUACGCAUCGUGGUCCCUGGCACUGUGACGUAGAGAGGCCCCAAGCGGCAGAGGUCAUAUUAAAAAUAUAUAUUUGGGCGCGUGUGCAUGUGUGUGCCCAAGCACAAUUAGCCGACCGACCAACCCCCCACCCAGCUUCAGAAGAAGGCCGACCAACGCAACCACAACGACGACCAGAGCACUUUCUAGCUGCCUCCCGUCAUCGAAAUGAUAUUAGAAAAUUCGGAUAAGCUCAAGGACUGGCUGAGCGUAGUGCUGGAGCCACUCUGCGAUGCGGACUCGUCUGCUUUGGCGCGCUAUGUCAUCGCGCUGCUCAAGAAAGACAAAUCGGAUAAGGAUCUCAAACGCAUCAUGAUCGAGCAGCUGGAUGUCUUCCUGUCCGAGGAGACGACGCGCUUCGUGGAGCGUCUGUUCGAUGCCAUUGCCACCGAGGAAUACUUGACGCUUCCCGCUCCACUGCCUGUGGCAAGUGGAGCCGUUGAGCUAGACCUCGAUGUGGACUUGGCCCUGGCCAUUGAUGGGUCCACCGAAAUUGAAUCUGUGUUGGCCGCCCCCUCACCACCCCCGGCGCCGUCAAUCGACAUUGUGAUAAGGCUCGAAAGCAAUCAGCCGCAGCUCGACCAGCAGCAGCAGCCUCAGGCACAGCCGAGCACCGAUACCCGGGAAGCAGAAGCCCUGGCCACCGCCGCCGCUGCCUACGUCAGCCAAGAAGCCAUUAUUGCCUCCAUCCCCACAACAGAUGCCAAUUCGACGACACACCCCAACCCCAAGCUAGCCUGCGAUCAAAAAACCAAGGACUCGCAGAACCCCCAACAGCAGCAGUCUGCGACGCAUUACCAUCAUGUGCGCAGUGCCAGUCCCCCUGGACGGAGCAGCGGAGGAAACGUCGCAUUGGGGCUGGGAGGAUUGGCGGGCAGCAGCGCUGGAUAUGCCGACAAAGAGAACCAACCCCGGGAAGGUCGCCGGCGGCGAGCGUCCCUACGUUCGCGUUCACGGUCUCGCUCCCGCUCCAAUGAGCGUGCCUUCCGGCGCUCCAGAUCCAGGGAUCGUCGUGUGAAUGAGCGCGAGAAAAGCCAGCGCCAGUUCCGCAACAAAUCGCCGCCGGGCGCGGCUGACAACCGUCACCAUGGGCGCCGCAACUUUGAUCGUCGCCGCAUCGGCGGCAACAUGGAUGAGCGCCAGCGGUUCGGCAACAAUAAGAGCCGACGCUCGCACAGCCGCUCCGUGUCGCCCGAGCGGAACGCGCGUCGCAACCAGAGCUCCCCAGAGCGGGGGCAGGCCCUGCCAGCCAACCAACUGACGGUAGCGGUUCCAGUCCCCAUGCCAGUAGAGCAUCCGGCGGCACACCCGCGACAGCGGUGUCGAGACUUUGACGAGAAGGGGUACUGCGUGCGCGGCGAGACCUGUCCCUGGGAUCACGGCAUCAAUCCGGUUGUCUUUGAGGGCAUCAACAACUCCGCCCUGAUGAUGUCCAUGCGGGAGUACAAUCCAGACGCCCCGGAGAUCUGGGCACGUGGCGGAGUGCCCCCUCCGACUGCUGGCCAGGGCCCAGCGGGACCAGGCGGACCCAACCAACCAGGGGGCCAGACCAGCAUCAAUCCUUUCUCCGGGAAUGUGCGUCCGGGAAUGUUGGGCUCGGGGCCCAAUCCCAUGGGUGUGCCCAAUCCCGCGGACUAUACGCGCAACCCUGCCGCUCCACCGCAGCCAGGCAUGAUGCCAUUCUCCUUCAAUCCCACUGCCGUCACCACACCACUUCAGCGGCAGCUCAUACCCAUACCUGUGGUGGAUGGCGCCCCCUCCGGCGGCGUUGCCGAAAUCGGCAAGCGGCGCUUCGAGCUGGAGGACACCGUGGCCAUAGCCGAUGUUCCCACCAAGCGCAAGGUGCCGAUCAACAGUCGCCUGGGUCCGCGGGUCAAUCCGAACAUGCAGCAGCACAACAGCUCGCUGGAGCUGAGGAAGGUGCCGCGGGGCCUCAACACCAUAGCGCAUCUGAACAACCACUUCGCCAAGUUCGGGAAGAUCGUCAACAUCCAGGUGUCGUACGAGGGCGAUCCAGAGGCUGCCAUCGUGACCUUCUCCACGCACGCCGAGGCCAAUGUGGCCUACAGGAGCACGGAGGCAGUGCUCAACAACCGCUUCAUCAAAGUCUUCUGGCACAACGAAAGCACGGGAGCAGAGGGCGGACAGAUGAACCCCAUGGGCGGCGGUGCCAUGGGUGGCGGCGGCGGGAGGAAGAAUGCCAGUCAGUACCAUUUGCACAAUGUCCCCGCUGUGCCCACGCCCAAUGCGGACAGUGCGAAGAUCAGCAAUGCCACGCCUCUGGCCGAGGCGGGGGCGGGCAACAAUGCCACGCCGACGGCAGAGCAGGCCAGCACGGCAGCGCCCGCCUCGAUGCGACUCAAGCUGAACACCAGCGCGGGAGCAGGAGUCGCCGGCUCGGCUGGAGCGGCGGCGGGAGGGGCAGCAGCAGCGCGUCCUCUAAAUCCGUCGGCCAAUGCGGCCAGCAUUCGCAAGAAGCAGGAGGAACAGCAGAAGGCCGUACACCAGCUGGCCAAUGGGCUGCGCAAGCGCAAGCAGGAGCUGCUCCAGAGCUACGUGAAACAAAUGAAGACUGCACUGGAGUUGGUCGAGCGGCUGGAUCACCAGGAUCCCCAGCGGGCGAACACACUGGAGACAAUCAAAGUCCUGCAGGAGACCAUCGACAAGCUGCGCAAGGAUGUCCAUGCCGAUCAGGACCAGCUGCAGGCCCAGAUCCAGCAGCAACAACAGCCGCCCAUCAAGAAGACCAAAGAGCAACAGAAAAAGGAGCUGCUCGACAUGGAGCUGGAGCUCUUCGCCCAGCAGCAGGAGGGAAACGACACAACGGCCAUACAGAAGCGUCUCGAGGAGCUCCAGCGCACACUGGGUGGGAGUCAGGCCCCGAACAACACGAAGCCACCUCACUUUGCAGCCACACCGGGGGCAGCCGGCGGCGGCCGCAAGCGGGCCAACUUUCCAGAAGGCUCGACGCGUGUGGACAGGCGAACAAAGGCCAUCGUUGUCACGGGCUUUGCGGCCGAGGAGGCAGACUUUGUUCUGGGACACUUCAAGAACUUUGGUGAGAUUUGCAAACAUGAUGUAGACCGUGAGAUUCCACAGCUAAUACUCUCCUAUGCGACCCGCAUUAAUGCGGAGCAAGCGGUGCACCGUGGAAAAAUGUACCAAGACAAGCUUCUGCAGAUUACUUGGGCGCCUGUGGUUACGCCAACGCCUGCGCCGAUGGCUGCGCCCGCCGAGAAGUCUGCAGUGGCAGCUCCAGUGGCCGUUGCACCUCUGGAUAACACAAAGCAGUUGAUUCAGUCCGUCAGCGAGAGCGAGAGUCUGCUGGGCAGCGACACGUUGCCGGAGCUGCGUCUCGAGGACGAGGAGGAGGACGAGGAGUCCGAGGAUCGUUCCUGGCGUCGUUGAUGCACCGCCCUGCGCUGCUAAGUGCUCAGGCGGCAAGCUCCAAGUGGCUCAUAAGUGUUAGGCACCCUUAACAUGUAUUUGUUGUUAUUCUAUAUCUAAAACUGAUGAUGAAGCAAGCGACGCUGUGCAGGCGGCAGCCAGAGGAAUGGAAACGAUGGGAUGGGAUGCGAUGGGCCACUCCACCUGCACUAGCCCACUUUGCAUAUAAUUAAACGCUCUAAAUAUUACUAAUAUUUUACUGAAUAUAAGUUAUAAAUCGCAUAUAAAAUACCGAAUGAGUUUAGCGAAUCGCAAGUCCAUUGUUUUGUCAAUGUUUUGCCGGAAGCCACUGCAUCAGCCGCAACCAGCAGGCAAACAGAGUGGCAAAUAAUGGAAUGGUGGAGCAUAUCGGCUCAGAUCAGAUCAUCAUCUAAUUCUUUGUAUUUACAUAUUUUUCACUCUAUCCUUUUCUUAUAUACACGUAUAUAUGUAUGUAUAUGCCUAUAUAUGUACACACCUUAUUGUUAAGAUUUUAUGUUGAGUUAAAGCUAAAGAUAAAAUACUAAAACAACAAAAAAAUUGCAAAACAAAAACCCCUAAAAACAAGCGCAAUGAAAAGUCAAAGGCAAAAACAAAACACGGCGAAAAAAAGCACGUAACAACGUGAAUACAAAACCGGCAAGUUAUAUAGAGAGAUAUAAUAAAUAAAGUAAAUAGUUUCGUAUUUCCGGAUCGU